AUAGCGGGAGAAUAAAAAAUUUGAAUUCCUCUUGGGAGACCUCAGAUCAGAACUCAGAAGCCCGCCCCAUUUGUGCCUCAACCAUGGAAGAAGCUACACAGAGAAUAGUGGCAGAUCUUGAAACCCAAACGUCCAUUUCAGAAGCUACUCUUAAAGACCUCCAAUCCCUCUUAGAUUACACCCUCAGUACCCAAGAUUCCAUAGAUCUUGAAACCCUCUACCAUGAACUUUCUUCAAGAAACCUCUCACCCACUACACUUUCCAACUCAAUAUCCUCAACCAUGGACUCUGCUCCACCCCAGGUUUCGCUUUUGGCCUCAACUGUUUACUUAUCUCUACUUCUCUCCCCAAAUUGUCCUGUCUUUACUCUGUUCACUCCCAUGGCUUUUAUGUCGCUUCUCCGGUCCAUUCGCAGAGCUUUGAAAAACACGUCUUCACCUUCCGGAGGGAGUUCCGGGUUAAGACAACCGGGAAGGAAAAGGCAGGGGAGUGGUCGUGGAGGUCCCGGUAAGAACAGGGGAAAGAAUGUGGAUGAGGGUGAAGAUAGGGUUUUUGAUGUCAGGGUUUUUUUCUGUGUGCUUGAGAGGUUGGAAUUGGUGAUGGGUUUGGUCCAUUUGGAUAGAUUUCCGGACUGUUUGAAGAGUUUAGUUCAAACUGUGGCUGACAUUCCCGUAAUGGCAAGUGAAUUUUCUGGAGAUUCAAGGGUUUAUAUGAGGUUAUGUGAGUUGUGUUCACGGGUCUUGAGUGAAGUCCUUAAGGCUGAGCAUGGGGAUCUGAGGGUUUCCACAGCCGAGCUUUUGAAAUCGUUGACACCUUUGAUUCUUUUGGUUAAGUCUCAAGCAAAGACCUUUGCUUUAGAAUUUGUGGUGAACAGGAUGGUGAAUAUGGCCAAAGAUUCACCCGUGAUAAAAGAAGCAGUUGUAAAUUUUCCUAAGUAUUUGGCGCAGAAGUCUCCAGAGAAGGCUGAGCCCAGGGCUUCAGCUGUGGUGUCCAUAAUACAAAUUGUUAAAGUAUUACAUUUUGAGGAUCAAAUUGGUUUUGCUGAUUUUGUGGUGAAGAUGACCCAAGGGAAGGGACAUUUAAGGCUUUUGGCUGUGGAUCUCAUUCCAGCAUUGAUCAUGUCAUUGAAAGAUCCACUUGGGUGGGAUUCAGAUAGUGUGAAUCCUUGGGGCUUGAGGUGUUUGGAUGCAUUGAUUCAGCGGUGCUCAGAUGCAACUGCUGGGAUUAGAGCUCGGGCUUUGACUGUUUUAGCUCAAUUGGUGGUACACUUUUCUGGGGAGGAUAGGAGCAGAUCAAUGUUGAAGGAAUUAAUGGGGUUCAAAAAUGAUGGGUCUAAGUUGGCACAAGAUGGAAUCAACUAUAUCUUGAAAAGCCGGUGUAUGGAUGAGAAAGCUGCUGUAAGGAAGGCUGCUCUUCUUCUUAUAUCCAAGUUGACAGCUCUUUUAGGCAGUGCUCUUGAUGAAGAUUUACUUAAGACAGUGAGCAUUGCUUGUUGCGAUCCACUUGUUAGCAUAAGGAAAGUGGCAAUUUCAGCUCUAUCAGAGGCUUUUAGAUUGACCUUAGGAGGAACUGUGACAAAGGAGUGGCUUCAUUCAGUUCCCCGUCUAAUAACUGAUAACGAAACCAGCAUACAGGAAGAAUGCGAAAACUUGUUCCUUGAAUUGGUUCUCGACCGAAUCUCAUUGGCUGGAUCUAGUAGUUGUCAACACCAAAUAUUUAGUCUUCCCGAGUCAAAUGGAAGUUCCAAAAGCUCAGACAUGGAAAUCGAACAAUUGUAUCAUGGUGGAGUUCUACUUCUAUUGAGAGAAAUCUGUAAUGGUGAGGUGACACCUUGGGUGAAGAAGAUUUGUGUAAGUUUAGGAAAAAAGAAAAAAGUCAAGCCUAAGAUUGCUAUUGCACUUCAAAAUAUCAUAAGGGCAUCUGAAUCACUAUGCCUGAGCCAUUCCUUGCCAAUAGAGAAGUGGACUGCACCCUUGGGUGCAUGGUUUCUUUUAUCAGAGGUGUCAGCAUUCCUGCCUCAAGCUGUAGACUGGGAGUUCCUUCAUCAUCAUUGGCAGCUCCUUGACAAGUAUAAACCCAACAAUAAUGUUGAAAACCAGUUUGUACAAAGAAAUUUGAACUCAGAGGAGUUUGAUGUAGAAUCAAAUUCUGUUACUUGGGCAGGAGAUCGUGUCUUCCUUUUGCAAACAAUCUCUAAUGUAUCUGUGGAGCUACCUGCUGAACCUGCAGCUGACCUAGCUCAUAAUCUUCUCACUCGUCUAGAGCAGUUCAACAUGCAUUCAACAGAGGUUGAUGCUCAUGUGAAAGCACUCAGAACGCUAUGCAAGCGAAAGGCUUUGAGCCCUGAGGAGGCUGAUUCCCUUGUUACAAAAUGGGUUCACCAGCUUCUCUCCAAAGUGUCCAAAAUUUUAGAUUUGUAUAUUUCAAAGAACAAAGAAACAAAUGAAGAUAGUGCGUUUCUUACACCACCAAGUUUUAUAAAUGGAAAGGGGAAAAGAACUGCGUCCUCAUCUGCAUUACUAUCACAAACAAUGACUGCAGUUCAUACUGUUGGAUGUUUGAUUAUUGUUUGCCCUUCAGCUGUUUUGAAAUCCAUAAUUCCAGUUCUACACACAAUUAUCACUUCUGAUGGUACUGAUCCAAGAGCUAAGAAACUACCGGGACCUUCAGUUUCUAUCAAGCAGACAGCUCCUACCUUGUAUGUUCAAGCUUGGUUAACCAUGGGCAAGAUCUGCCUUGCUGAUGGUAAACUUGCAAAACGUUACAUUCCUUUGUUUGUCCAGGAGCUUGAAAAGAGUGAUUGUGCUGCUCUUCGCAACAACAUAGUUGUAAUGAUGGCAGAUUUUUGUGUACGGCAUACAUCUUUAGUGGACUGUUAUCUCUCAAAGAUCACCAAGUGUCUACGUGAUUCAUGUGAAUUAGUUAGACGGCAGACAUUUAUACUACUUGCAAGACUACUGCAGAGGGACUAUGUAAAGUGGAGAGGAGUUCUUUUUCUUCGGUUUUUAUUAUCUCUCGUUGAUGAAUCUGAGAAGAUAAGACAACUAGCUGAUUUCCUCUUUGGGAAUAUUUUAAAAGUAAAGGCACCACUUUUGGCCUACAAUAGCUUUGUGGAAGCUAUAUUUGCUCUGAAUGAUUGCAAUGCUCAUACUGGAUCUAGUAACUCCCAGCUUUCAAGAAAUGAAAGCCGACUUUUCUCAAUUAGAGGAAAUGAUGCGAAGUCAAGGUCUUCAAGAAUGCACAUUUAUGCCACUCUGCUUAAACAGAUGGCUCCAGAACACCAUUUAGCAACAUUUGCUAAAGUAUGUGCAGAGAUUCUUGGUGCAGCAUCUGAUGGUAUGCUCAAUCUAGGUGAUACUACUGCUCAGUCAGUUCUGCAGGAUGCUUUCCAAAUUCUGUCAAGCAAAGACAUCCGGAUUUCAACCAGCCGUGGAAUGCCAUCUGACUCGCCUGACAUAGAUGAAGAAGCCGCCGGAGACAGUGGAGGAGCAUCUGCAUCUGCAUCUGCAGCUGCGGUUAGGGGAAAUGCUAUAACCCAAGCUGUCAAGAAAGGGCUUAUCCAAACCACCAUUCCCAUCUUCAUCGAGUUAAAACGUCUGCUUGAGAGCAAAAACAGCCCUCUCGUUGGUUCUCUCAUGGAAUGCCUCCGGAUCCUUCUCAAGGACUACAAGAAUGAGAUUGAAGAAAUAUUGGUUGCUGAUAAGCAGCUUCAGAAAGAGCUCAUAUAUGAUAUGCAGAAAUAUGAGUCAAUGAAGGCUAAAUCUACAGCUGCUGAGGCUGUUGCAACCCUGCAAAGAUCAGAUUCCUACCAAACCCCGGCAGAUCCAGCUUCAAAUAUCAUGAAGAGUAAACUGAAGGCAAAGCUACACAGCAAUUCACAGGUUGCUUCAGCAAUGGCAGAUGCAACGGCAGCAGCUGUGCUAAGGGAAGUCAAUCAAGGCGCUGCAACGCCACCACUCAGUGCAAUGAGGGCACCUAAGCUCAAGUCUUGCUCAGUAAGAACAAUUGCGGCUAGUCGAGGAGGAGAACGGUCUGCAGCUGUAAUAGAAUCUCUGAGGAGAAGGCAGUCGUUUGAUUCUGAUGAUGAAAAUUGAUUGUCCCCUUAAAUUGCAUAUUUGACAAAGGGGGGGAAGUUUGGUUAGGUGACUAUUGACUCUAAUUUACCUCAGUUUGUAUCAUAUAUUUAGGAUUAGCUUUUUAACUCAUUUGUAAACUAAUUCUAAAUGAAAUGUAUGCAAUUCCAGGCUGUGUUUGGAAAGCAA